UUUGAAAUCACUAGUCACAAUUCUCUAUACGCAUCACGAUUGCACAACAGCAGAACACUAAAGCGCCGUCCACUGCGGGGCACGUGCAGGCCGAUCAGUCAGCGGCCAGGCCCAACUUUCCUCCAAAUCAAAUCAAAUCAGAUAUACUGCUUCUCCAAGCCUGACGACCUACUUUCGUUACAAAGACCCUUGUUCACUGGUCCAAGCAGCAGUCCAUCGCCUCAUCCUGCCCCUCCCCGGACACUGUCCCACCCUCCGCCUUCAUCCUUUCCAAUCAUCCGCAUCUUAUCGCAGGCUCGGCCUGUUUCUCACCCCACCAUGCCUCCAUACUCCGGAGCUCAGAAACAACAGAUCGCGCAGUUCGUGAACUUCACGCAAGCAAAGGAUACAGUAGCUGCUAAGUUCCUGAAAUCUGCGAGAUGGAAUGUUCAAGAAGCCAUUGAUGCAUACUUCCAGAGCCCCCAAGGGGGCGGAGCCAGCAACUCUGCUAUCAACGCUAUUUUCGACACCUAUCUAGACUCACCGGCCGAAGACCCCGACACCAUCGGCAUCGACGGCGCGAUGAAGUUCUUCGGGGACAUCCAAGUCCAGCUCGACGAGGUGACCUGCCUGGGCAUCGCCGAGCUGCUGAAGUCGCCGUCGAUGGGCGAGUUCACUCGCGAGGGAUUCCUGAACGGAUGGAGAUCUGUCGGAUGCGACACGCUCGACAAAAUGAUCGCCCACGCGUCAGACAUCCGUUCCCGAAUCCCCACGCAACCCGAGCUCUUCCGGCGCGUCUACCGAUACACAUUCCCGCUAUGCCGCAUGCAAGGCCAACGCAACCUGCCGUUCGAGAUCGCCAGCGAGCAGUGGAAUCUAUUCUUCACGCCGGACCACGGCGGCAUCGCGUGGAACACGACGACCACGCCGUGGCUGGACUGGUGGGUUGAGUUCCUGGAGGCGCGCGGCAAGAGGCCCGUCAACAAGGACCUGUGGGAGCAGGUGGAGGUGUUUAUGCGGAAGACGCGCGAGGACGAGGCGUUUGGGUGGUGGAGUGAGGAUGGGGCGUGGCCCGGGGCGUUGGAUGAGUUUGUGGAGUGGGUGGGGAAGAAGAGGGGGGGAUGGAGGUUGAGUAGAUAAUUGGUUUUUUCUUUCCUUUUGUCUUGCUGGUGUGGUGGUUAGGUCGUGUUUGGUAGGGUAGGCUUGCUACUGACGAAGGUGCUAUCUAGGAGAUGAUUUGUCUGUAGGUGGUAGUUAGUUGAGCCAAGAGAGGUUGAGUGAUGGCAUCAGGAUGAAUAGAUGACCUUCGUUGUGUCCAUUCUUGGCUCACCACCUUCUCUUCAGACACUC